GAUGCUCUAAAAACUUCACCAGAUAUUAUACUUGAAAUGUCAUCAACCGAACAAACGCCACAACUAUCGCCAACUACUUCUGCAGAAAGUUAUAGAGUAUUGAAUGAUAGAAGAGAUUCAGAGACGUCUCUACUAACAGCAGAUUUGACAGAAAUAACGUCAAGUCCACCAUCAAGGCGAGCAUUAACUGAACUUGAAGAGAAGGAUCUUUUUCCUGAUCCGCCAAAGACUGGUCCUAAACUUAAACCCUUUUCAGCGUUAACAGCAUUAAUUGCAGAGAAAAAAAAUAAACUGGACAAUCCAUUUGCUGAAUAUUACAGCUCCUUUGCUGGAAAAGGUGAUCUUAAUCCGAUAACACUGAGGAUUUACCUUCCGUUUAGCAAAGAACCUUCACGGCCAUUAACUAUAAUUGUAAAAAGAGACGCCAAUGUUGAGGAAGUUAUAGGAUAUAUAUUAUAUCAAUACUGGGAUGAAAAGAGGGAACCUUUAUUAGAGAAAAGAUUAUGUAAUGUUUAUCAGUGGAAUAUGAGAAUG